AUGUCUUUGUCUCCAAUGCCGAAUUGGAACGAAAGAAUCAUGUUGCUAAUCAAGAAGACGAUGAAGCUGAAGAAGCCGUCACCCCAGGAAUCAGACAUGAUAUCAUCACUUCCUGAUGAUAUACUAUUGAUCUGCUUUGCACGCAACUCUAGAUUGUACUACCUGGCUAUCUCCUGGCUAUCUCCCACAGCUCCAAGAGACUUCAAUCUCUCAUUGCUUCCCCUGAGCUUUACUAGACUUGUUCCCGCUUAG